AUGACCAUGGCUACCAACCAUCUCCUGAAGAGAUGUUUUAGAGUGACGAGGAGGUUUGUCUCCGGUAACAGGCCUUGCUCGGCAUACCACACUUUUUACCCAUGUUCCUAUUCCUUGCAUGAGAAAAAAGAAGAAGAAAAAACCUGCCUACUUACUACUUUUCAAACCGAUCCACCAAACUCGUUCCAUACAACCGACGAGUCUCCACUACCAAUGGCCUUGUACGCCAGGUACCCGGCCAAACCCCCCCACCACACGUCAAAACCGUACAUCAAUCUUGGCAUCCUCGUUCUCAGCAUGCCGGACCACGCCCACUUGUUCUCCUUGGGCUUAUUUGACCCGGCUCGCCAGGGGGCACGGUCAUCUACGCGCCCCGGUUGA